AUGAACGGCUCUGAAGGCCACCUCCUGCCCCCUUGUCCCCGGUCCAAUCCGCUGUGGCGCCGUGGCUGGGAAGCGGCCAUCAGUUGCUGGGUCCAGUUCAGCGAUGGCUCCAUCACCCCCUUGGAUAUCUACGAUGGGAAAGACUUCUCCUUGAUGACCACCUCGCUGGACGAAAAGGUGGUCUCCAUCCACCAAGACCCCAAAUUCAAGUGGCCUAUCAUCGCUGCUGAAACCGAAGGGCAGGGUGCUCUGGUAAAGGUCGAAAUGGUCAUCAGCGAAUCGUGCCAGAAAUCCAAGCGGAAGAGUGUGCUGGCUGUGGGGACAGCCAACAUCAAAGUUAAGUUUGGCCAAAAUGAUGCGAACCCCAACACCAGUGACAGCAGACACACUGGGGCAGGAGUUCACCUAGAAAAUAACGUCAGUGACAGAAGACCCAAAAAACCCUUGCAGGAAUGGGGGACCCAGGGGGGUCAGUACUAUAGCAGUUCUUCCGUGGGCCUCAUGGAAGGAAGAGGGUCCACGACAGAGAGGUCAACCUUCCAGAGAAAGAAGAGCCAAGGAAGCCUUCUAGAUGAUGACAGCCACCUGCAGACCAUCCCCAUCGACCUCACCAGCUUCCCGCCCCGGGGGGACCUGCCCAGAAGCAACGUGGAAACGGACGAGAAUGGCCUCACGCAGGCAUCCAAAGGGCUGAGUGACUUGGAGAUCGGGAUGUACGCGCUGUUGGGGGUCUUCUGCCUGGCCAUUUUGGUCUUCCUAAUAAACUGUGUGGCCUUUGCGCUGAAAUACAGGCACAAGCAGGUUCCCCUGGAGGAGCAAGAAGGUCUGAGUCACUCGCACGACUGGGUCGGGUUGAGCCACCGCUCCGAGCUGCUGGAGAACCACAUGAACUUUGCAUCCUGCCAGGACGAGCAGAUCACUGCCAUUGACAGGAGCAUGGAUUUCGAAGAGAGUAAGUAUCUGCUCAGCACAAACUCCCAGAAGAGCAUCAAUGGACAGCUGUUCAAAUGUUCGGGCCCCACCGUUGUGGACGGGAAGGAUCAGAGAAUCGAGCCCCCGACAUCCCCUACCUCAAAAAGGAAAAGAGUGAAAUUUACCACCUUCACCACCAUCCCCUCGGAUGAAGGAUGCCCCACCGUGAACUCCAUAUCGACCAGCGGUGAGGACAUGAGCUGGGUCUGCCAGGAUCUGGACCCGGGGGAAAGCAGACAGCCACACGGCUACAUGGAAAGGUUACGUGAGGAUGUGUAAGCCAGACACUCGCGGACACGGGUUCUCACUCACCUCUCAGCCUUUAACUUGGGGACGUGUGGCAAGGGCGCCCCCGGGAAAGGAGUGAAGUGACAGGACAAGAUAAGAUGGCCCCUAUCAGCAGAGCCCCAGCAGACGGCUCCGGCUCGGCUGGGGUGGCCCCACGUCGGGAUCGAGGCACACGUUCCGGAACGCAGGGUCUUGGCCAGUGUUAAGAGGUGGAUUGUGCAUGGCAAGGUUUGUAAAACUUGGAAGAAAAACGAGUUCUGAAUCACUGAGCUUCUGAUGGGUCCCAGGAAAGAACAGCCCCGCGCUCUGUCCAUCACUCUCUUUCUCUCUUGAAUCAAAGCCCUUUGGGUGUGGUGAAAUCCACGUGGGUCCAGAACUCACUACUGCAGACUCUGGAAGAACCCUGAGACUCGGGUGGAGUGCAAGUGGACCGACGGGAGGCAGUGAGUCAUUUGAGCCGGGGCGCGACCAGGGGCCACGUCCGGAGCGUGGGCAGCAUGUGGCGGGGGCGUCAUCAUGGGGUGCCAUCACCCAAAGACCGGCGCGGGCUGGUGACUGACCAGGCGUUGCUGACGGGGACUGAAGGGGCACACGUGGGCAAAUAGGCCACGGAUAUCUUUGUAACCAGAUGCCAAGAACAAAGGCGCAAGCCCUCUGGGGGAUUCGGAGCGUCCCUUUAUUGGUAAACUAGGGAUACAGGGCACAGAAUGUCGAUCGGGUUCAAGGAACCAGGCUUUUUCGGGCAAGUUCACUGUGUUCAGAGGUGCACUCCUCUGACCCACCAGCUGUCUAAGAGCCUGGGCACAGGGGCCUUUCCAGCAUUCCCCCGUGGCAGGUGCGUCCGCUCCAGGUGACACUCUGCAGUGGCCCCACCAGGUGAACGUCACUCGUGUCCUUUCCUUGAAGAGGCGGGUCUUCGAGGAUUCGCGGUUCUCACGGUGAAUUCAACACCAAGGGACACUCAUCACCCUGCACCUCUGGGAAGAUGGGGGAGCCGUUUUGUGACGGCCCCGCGGACGGCCACACCGGGUGCCCCGUCCACAGCUGCAGUGAUGCAUGUGGACCAAGGUGGAGUGCACGGGCAGGGGAAGCCAGGGCCCGCUGUGCCGCAGGGGGGCCGGGCAGGAAGCCUGUUCACACCCCCCAUGUGGGCUUGGACCGAUGGAGGGAUGGAGGUGCCCGAGCUUGAGGGAGAGAGGGAGACCCCAGUCUGUCCUGAGAGCUUUAACCUUGUUGCUUGAAAUCAGAAUGACUCUGAAUGUCUCCCAAAUCCCCGGAUGGAUGGGAAGCCGCCAAGAAGGCAGGUGGGGGGAGAGAUGAGUGGAUUCUUGCCCCAGCUCGAGCUCCCGCCAAGGUGGGGAAGGGUGGCGGGAUCCCUGGUAAGGAGGGCCGCAUAGAAGCAGGGCGCGUGGUGGGGGGCGGGUUCUCUCCUCUGUCAUUUUCUGUCUCUCCGCUCCACGAUGCUCUUCUCCAUUUCCUCUUUCUCUGUGUGUCUCUCCA